AUGAGGAUCUCGCGUGUUAGUCAGUGCUGCGGCUCGCGGGGGUCACUCAGUUCGGUGGACUUCCAACCGCACGUAAAGCCGAGAGCAGCGCAUAGACUGGCCACUGCAUCGUCUACAGAAGUCCAAAUAUGGGCGCUUUGGCGAGUGGAAUCUAAAAACGAACCAUCUUCUGUGAAGUGUCUGUGCCUUUACACAUUCAGAGGGCAUUCACCAUAUGAAGUAGCAACUGCUAGGUGGUCGCCAAAUGGGCGAUAUCUUGCAAGCACCGACUCAGGUGGUGUGACUCAUAUAUUGGAACGCAGUGCGGAGAAGUCACAGCUCCUGGAGUCUUCGUUAGGUAACCUCCCUAGAGAUGGUAAUGUAGAAAACUCAAUCUCGUCAGUAGAGGGCCACAAACCUCCAGCUCAGACCAAGGAAACACGAAAGUAUACGUUUAAAUAUGAUGGAACCUCUUCUAAACGUCAAAGAGCUACUGGUGAAUCAGCUAGUAAACGAAUAAGCUUCGACUCACAAUCUGUGAAGCGAGAGGUUGUCAACCCGAUAACUGUAGACAAAAACGGAGGAAACUUCGAAGUGUGGACGUCCGUACAAUCGUUUUGUUGCCCAUCGUCAAUGGGUCAAUUGUUCGACCUCAGCUGGGCACCCGACAGCCGAAGUAUAGUAGGAGGGGGAUUGAACGGUCAGGUUGUAGUGUUUGACAUCGUCGCUAAGCAAGUAGUUGCUAAAUUCGACGUGUUUGAAGGUCGACCUACGGAUUCUGUGUUACAUGGGCGAGGGUACGUCAAGAGCGUUGCAUGGGAUCCGAUGACUCUACAUAUUGCCGUGCAGACUAGCAGCCGAGAAGUCUCUCUAUGGCGAAGAUCACCUCCGCAUCCAGAUGGAGCACCGCAGAAGUGGACAUUCAAAAGGGUUUUUGAGGAAAGCGGACUCUUUAAAAAAUCACAGAGCGACGUACUGGGAGGAUCACGCAUAUCAUGGGCACCCAAUGGUCAAGUGGUUGCUUUUCCCAGUGCAGGAAUCUCAAAUUUAAACUUCGCUGCAUGUUUCGAGGUGAUACACGAGGAUCUGUCCAAGAAAAGGGCUUGCUUCAAAGACGGUAAAAUAAAUUACAGUGAACUGCAGUUAGCAUAUGACAUUGCCGAACAUAAAGUCAGACAGGAUCCUAUGCUGUUGCAGGGACACCAAUCACGGGUACGAAAUGUUAGAUUCUGCCAAGACCUAAUGGUACCUCGGAAACAUGCGACGUGCAAAGGAAGUUCAUAUUCAGAAAAUGAUCGAUUCAUAUUCUACGCACAAUCAAGCGACGACGGGGUGGUCUCAAUUUGGCGUUUCAACCAGGCAAAUAACUGGAAAUCAAAGUAUAAGAAUGAAGCAUUCUGUAUAUGCGUUAUUAAAAAUGCAUCAGAUGAACAGAGUAGUCUGGAGGAUCUCGCUUGGGGCAACAGAGGGAGAUGGCUAGCAGUUGCUGCUAGUCAAGGCGGCCUAAUACUGGUCGAGUUAAACGAAGAGGAAACACACACAAGAUACCAUAACAACUGGAUGGAAGGUCUAGAAGUAGAAGAUACACAAGAAAUAACCUUAAGCUUUUUGGAAAAGGUAGAGCGUCAUAUUGCAAAUACUGCAGAACACUACAGAAGUGACACUGCGACUUCCUCUCAAUCAGAUGUGCAGAAAAAUGGCAACAAUACAAAUUGUAAGCAUACUGUGAAGUUCUCGAGAUACGGUAGCAAAGCGGCAACACCUACCUUCGAGGCCAGAUGUAACGAUACACAAUUUUACGUGUCGAGGUGCGAACAACCGAUAAAUGUGUUCAGAUCUCAUAACCCGGGACGUAUAUCGACAAUUAAUCAACAAAAGCACUAUGUUGUUGGUGCACCGAUGUAUAUUCCCUACCGUUUUUGGAGCUGGAUUUUAAUCGCUUCUGUGAAUGCGAUUCAGGGAGUUUUGAGUGCGUACACUAGUAUAGUUGCCAUUAUGGUUUCGUACGCGAUAUAUAUGAACCGGAUAAGAGGUUCAAUGGAUCUAUGCCUGGACGGAAGAAUACGCGGCACAUGUCCUGCCGAAGCCACCAACUCUUGCGAAGAGGUGGAACUGUUUUUGUCUCUGGAAGACACAACCGCGGGGGUAGUUCGGAGAGUCACCACCAAACGCUGGGUUACACAAGUUGGAGUGACACAAAAACUGGCAUCGGUUGGAACUGUUUACGUAGACGAUAGCGUACCGUCUGCUUCGGCCAUGGAAACGGGGUUAACUGUACAUCGGAAGUAUGCCACGUACUGUAGUGCUAUAGAUGCCAUUGAAAGCUACUCUGAUUUAAACGCCAAGGACUCCGCUUCGAAAAUAGUCACGAGGAGGUCCACGAGGAACAAAGCUUCCCAGAAAAACGUGACGCCAGAACCAACGGGAAAUAGUAUCAGCCGUCACGCAAAAGGUAAAUCGAACGUCGUAAAGGCCGCAAAAAAUGACGGACAAUCUCAAUCGCCAGCGCAGGACGUAUCGCAUGAUAAUAACAAUGACAGGGAUAACGCAGUAAAACCAUCGAACGUUGCCACGCGCAAAUCUACACGUCAAAGGAAGGUACGAAGCCAAACGGAUGAAGUUGUUGUGGAUAUUUGGUUGAAAAUGGAUUACUCCAACUGUAUGGAUAAACUUGCCGAAUAUUGGCGUUCAUACAAUGAACUUCUUGAUGAUUCCGAAACACGGAUGCAGGUAGACAAACCUGUCAGCAAAAGGUUGUCACGGAAGACGUCGACGGAUUCAAUGUGUCCCGGGGAGCAAGUGGGUUUGACAUCUGAUGUAGCAAAGGUCGCGGUUAAGAAGGUUAAAAUAACCAGAAAGGCAGUACCGUCACAAUCGUGCGCUCGUAAAGCACGUGAUGCCGAUGCGAUAAUUCCUAUAUCGCCUCAACUCCAGCCAAUAACAGCACCAUACGUCUCUCGACCUUCGACUGCAGAAGCUGAAGAACCGACAGUGGUUAGAGAAUUUAAAGUGGGUGGACCAGAGUCACCAACUCGUUUGAAAGGGAAAACCACAAACAAAAGUUAUGGGUUCUUUGAACAUCCAAAAGUGCGCGCAUCGAUUUCAGCAACUGUGUUGCUGCUGGGCGAGUGCCACCGCGUGUUUGCCACUAACGACACUGGUGGAGAACCGUCCGCCGUGAUUACAUGUUUUAAUCCGCAGUCAGAUGGAGGGUUGCGUGUAACGUGGAUGAGGAACAUUACCAAUGGGUCUGUAACUCAUAUUUGUCCUAUGAAGGAACCGGCUGUGGUACUUAUCGUAAGCCAGAAGGUAUACCGCAACAACCGUGAGAAACAUGGAAAAGCUGGAUCGCCAAAGAUUGCACAAGGCACAAUUGUAGAUCGGGAGUGUCACACAGAAAAGCACGUGAUGGACACCCAAGAAUCAAAGAGCGAUGGCACCGCAUAUCUCACAUUGUUGGACACUAGAACCGGUGCCACAUUAAUAAAUGAAUGUAUACUCUCUAACUUCAAUGUAGCCAACGCAAACCCUUUCCCAGUUGGUGAAAGCAUCUAUGUCGCGGUCACAUGUACCGACAGCUCUAUUGCCUUGUACAGGUUGGGCCAAGUUAUGGGAUGCCACCGUUGGCAGCUACAAAAGCUUCUUGAGUCAUCGGUUACAGCUUUAGCACAUGGAGACCCUCCCUAUAUACGACAUUUGCAACUUCUUAAUGUCAUGCAUAGUGCUGGGAAUCGGGAAGUUUCGGGUGAUUCCAGUACAACUGCGGGACACAACACCGGCGGAGGUUCGUGGUCCAAUGGGUUGCCACACUUCUCUAUGGUGAAGUCAAUACGGACAGAGGGCGAGUUACAGUCGAAAUUGGAUGCAGCUGUGGCACAAUUGCUCCCAUAUUACAAUGAAUCGGAUGAGUCAUGUUUUAUUGCAAUCCUGGUGUACAUGAAAGAACCGAAGGUAUACGUACUUACGCAGCGUUACAGGCCCUUCAUGAUAGACGUUAAACGCAUACCCCAGGAUAUUGGCCGCAAAGAUUCGCCAACGGAUGCACUAACUUUGCAAUCUAUACGAGAAGUGUACUGCGGUAAGACUGAUGCCACUCAUCCCAUCGACCACGAAAAUAGUGAUGUCUUCAACGCCGUUGUAAACCGUCUUGUAGACGUAUUUCACUUAAACCCGCUUGUCAAGGGGGAUUCGACACUCUCUGUCCCUCGUAGUGACGCAACUACUGGCGUGGAGAACAGCUCUGUUGAUAUAGAGCAACUGUUGGCAGCUGCGCUAGUCGUAGGCAACAAGUCGGAAUAUGUGUUGCAAGUGUAUGAGUAUAUUAACGAGCUAUUUGCUCAGGUACAAUUAUCAAAGCUGUGCGACACAGUCACAGUGCUAUACAAGACGUCGAUAGAAUGGAAAAGAAAGCGAUGGGAUGAAACACCAGCGGAACUAAAUGCUUUUGACGCCAGAAUGAUGCAAAUUAUUGGCAUUGAGGUGGAUGCAAUCUUGAAUGCGUACAUGAUGCCUUUGAUGCAUAGCAUGUACUGCGAAUUGGACGAUGAGUGCCAGUCCCGACUGCUAGGGCAUAUCGAAGAUGGCCCCAGUCGGACAACUAGUAGAACUGACUCGGGCUGCCAUAAAUAUUGCAUAGGUGCAUCAGUGCCGUGCCCUAUCGACCGAGCACGGGUUGUGCUUGGAAACCGUCUGCAAACCAGCGACGCGGCGCUACUUCACAUGCGAGAAGUGGGUUUACUAUACUUUAUUGAUUAA